AUGUCCCCGCGCAGCGCAGCGCCCGAAGCGGCGCAGAGCUACAGCUCCAGGCUGGGGGCGCACAGGAAAACCGGGGAGGCCGCUGAGCUGCGGAAGACCCUCAAGCCGCUGAUGGAGAAGCGCAGACGAGCCCGCAUCAAUGAGAGCCUCAACCAGCUGAAGACCCUCAUCCUGCCGCUCAUCGGCAAAGACAGCUCGCGCUAUUCCAAGCUAGAGAAGGCGGAUAUUCUGGAGAUGACCGUGCAGUUCCUCAAGGAGAUCCCCGCCCCCUGCCCCCCCGUCCCAGACCCCGCCGAGAGUUACCGGGAAGGAUACCGAGCCUGCCUGUCCCGCCUCACCAGCCUGCUGGCAAAGUCCCACCUCCUGGGCAGAGACUCGUGCAGCCACCUCCUGGAGCACCUGCAAAGGACCAGCGCUGAGCCCAACAGCUGCCAGGACUGCAGCAGCCCCACGGACUCAUGCCCAGCCUGGUGGAGGGCAAUGCCAGCCAGCCCGGCCAGGGGGCUGCGGGAGAUCUCACCCCCUCGCCCCCAAGCUGCAAAUCCAGGCAUCUGGAGGCCCUGGUAGAGCAGCGGACUCUGCACAUCUCUGCCUGUACAUAGGGGAGCCCAGCUAUUUAUUUGUACAUUGAUCGCCCUCUUCCUUUCCAGUGUAAAUACCAUAGACAGCCCCUGCCAGAGCCCCGCCGGGGCCUGGGCAGCUCAGCACGUGGUCCCUGUGCGGGUGACAAGGCAGCGGGGUGAAGUGGAACCUGGUAAACCCAAAGGGGUGUCUCCUGGGCCUGUGAACUGCACACUGCUUGGCCAGAGGCCGACUGGCCCUUGCUAUGGAGUCACUAGAGUUUCAUA